ACGGUCGAAAACGAAACGGUUGAGGCCAAGGACUCCUCGAAGUACGACCGUUUGUUUACGGACGAAGAACUGGAUGCUAUGGAUGACUGUGAGCCCGGGCAGGAGACGUAUGUUCUCGCUGGAACGGAUGUCGCCACCGUGCCAGAAGAGUACGACAAGGAGCUUGAAGACCGGUUGUAUCCGCUGGACGAGGUCCAGUUGAUGAAGCGCGUUGAGCAGAACGCUAAAGCUCAGACCGAACCGUCUGCGGCAGAGCUGGCUCGCUUCUUGGGUAUCUCUCUGGAGGUCUUGGAGCGGACGCGCCAAGCUGCCUCCGACUCCUUUGGAAUGCCUGAGUACUGG